AUGGUCGGUGAGGAGGUCGAACUAACUGUUCAGCCCCAACGGUCACUGAACCUCGUUUCCGCUGGUUCAGCGCAUAAAAGAGGUUCUAUAUGUUUGAGUGUCCUACAACGCGUACAAACCAUGUGUGUAAGUGAUAAAACUGGGGAUGUGAUGAAUGGUGGAGUGGCGACAGAGAAUGACAGAGUCGGCGGUUACGAGGUCCUUUGGUCUGCGCACCGUUUAGGAAAAAGUUUGCUCCUAAUGGAUCGUGGGUGCAAUGAUGUUUACCCCAUGAUGGAAGCCGAUAGGGCCGAGUUGAAGGCGAUUAUCGAUAUGUGGCAGUCUGAAGAUGUGGAGCUGUUACCGAGCAGGCAAACUCAAUGGAAAAUGGCGGCGCCGAAUUUACGCGAAGAACUUCUUGCAGUAGUGCGAUUGUUGGUGUCUUCAGCUUCAGGACAGUGCCAUCGGUUGAGUUUACCACUCAUGCCAAUUCCGAAUGCUGUGUGUCCCUCUGACUGUACCCUCAACACACGGUCGUAUGGCGCUUGUCCCUUGACGCAAAGGGAAGCAUGGCCAGCAGCGUGCUUGCAUUUCGCUGGGGUUCUCAUGUUGUGCGGUCUUCGCUCAUAUCGAGAUGCAGAGGAGCUUCUUUCUACUUCUUUCUCUUCCCUUGGUGGUACGUUACAGCGUUUUGUUGUACAGAGCCUCCAAGAAGAGUUUGCGAUUAUGCGGCGGGAGGUUAUGGAACUAUGCGUAAGCUGUCGAAGGUCAAAUAAAUCUGAACCUGAACUCACGACCCUAAAUACGGGCAAGGGAGGUAGUAUCCCUUCAAGCAGAGGAUUUUAUUACUAUGCACGAACGGUGCCUGCCCGUUGUGCAGGGGGUGUUAAACCCUAUGCCUCAGCUACCUCGUGCGAUAAAACAUCUCCGCUGGUGUUCACACUACUCGACGAAUGGAGGGAUGACGAUCGCGCAUGUGGCGCAUUGCAGUGCCAAUGUCGGAGUUAUCAGGACCUCACACGCAUUACGUGCAGAAAAAGUGAUUUAGUGCUGUUUUCGCUUGCCGUUGUGGAAGCUCUUAGCACUGCCGUUGUGGAGGAGCUUCGACAACAGUGCGAAAAACCGCUUGAUUUUGUCGACUUCAUCGGUGACGUCGUCAGCGUAUGCGCCGUUUUGGUGUACCCGUUCCUUGUCCGACAGCUACGUUGCCUUCGAUACCUUAUGCACAGCUUGACUGACGCCAACGUGUCCAAGUCGGAGGCACCCUUACUUGCCGCGGAUGUGCAACAAUACGAACGCUACGUGUCCGCUGUCGAGAAAUUUCUGCUGAAUUUUGACCCUUCAUUUGUGACUUCGCCAGGACCGUCGUUCAGUUGUGCAGAUCGAGAGACGCUGUGCACCAUCAAAGCAGGACCGAACAAAGGCCCAGGCGGCGUGCGCGUGGUUUCGAACUUGGAAUGCAAUGAAGCAGCAACUCCUCUAUCACCAAGGCGGUGUGAAGAAAAAUUUCAGCAAUGCCGGCCUCUUUGGGAACCUGUGGCACCUGCCCUGGCUGCUCACUUAUCGUCCCGUCCCCAUGCUGGUGGCAUGAUGGCCUGGGGUGAUGUUGUGGCUCUUUUCACGGAAGUUAAGCAAUCUCGGGAGGCAGAGCUUUUGUCUCUAUGGAACUACUGGGUACAGCUCCGACGUGAAACGCGGGCGCUCUCUGCUGAGGUUACUUAUCUCAUGGGGGAACGCAUGGCUCCUACCAGUCAGAAAAUUCCACGAGAAACUUGA